GCAGAUGCGAUGCGGAGUACGUAUAAACGAAAUCCCUGCUAUCGCAUAUCGUAACCAUCUGUUUAUUGAAUAUAUGUAUUAAACAUACAAUUCACCGCAGGCUUCAUCCCUGUGCAACUUAUAUUAACUUCGAUCGAAGUUCAAGCAGCACAUACACAUCCAUGCGCUGUCGACCAGUGUGAAAAGGUUUCAUUCUGAAAUUGCGAUACAUUCUAGAAUGGUGGGUGCGUUUGUUUUCAAAUGUCCAGGGAAAAUACUGACGGCAGGUGCAUCCGAUGUAGUCAUGUAGUGGUCAGAACCGUAGAAUAGCAAUCGGUUCGUUUGGAGGUGGUGAAGUGGAGUUUGGCUGUGAUCGAUGAAGCGGUAAAAUUCGUUCGACUGAUGAUAGGGACAGAUUGAUUUUCCAGUUGGUCCGUUUUGCAAGUUCUAUAGCAAAUAUUUUGAAGUAAUUUUCUCCAGAAUGUGCGUGAGUGUGCGGUCGUGGGGUUGAAGGAAGAGCAAAGCUUUCUAUUGAGCUACUGGGAGAGCCAUGUGUACGCACGAACAACUACACUGAACAGAUGUGUCCAUGACACGUGAGAACAGCACAAGAGAUUUUCCGCUCGCGAGUGAGUUUUCUCACGCAAAGUGACGUGGGGAAGGAGGGGAAAGGAAAAUUUGGAAAAACUGUGAGCAACCGUUAGGCUAGUCAUUCGUCUUCUCUCGUGCUGAGCGUUCAGUCUGGUUUUAGCUUUCGGUGAAUUUGUGUCGGACUCCUCCUACGUAUGGGCAGAUGAGGCAGAUCGUACUCAAGAUAUAGUGUAAUUAAUUAUCCACAUCUCUUGUACAGAGCUAAAAAUGCGAAAGAACUAAGCUAUGUAAAAAUGUACAGUACAUGAGUGUUGUCGUUACUGCCUAGUGUUAUCGCAAUUCCAAAUUCGAUGUUCCCUCGUCCCUGUCUUGGAAGCUCGUGUCGUAUUGCUCCUAUAUCGCCGGAUUUAUUGAAAAAUGAUACAAAGUAGAUCUCGUGAAAACAUUCAUAAAUAUGAAUAGUGAAUGAGUGGUUAAAAUCUACUGUACUGUGCAGUUGAGUCAAGAUUCUCCAACACGUCCGGUGAAUUUUAAGAAUCACUGAGUUUGAGCUCGCAUUUGCCAAUCAAACAGAGCAGAGGGAAAUUUUCAUCCAGCCGUCACAAUAUGUUCAAAAAUAUCUCACAUCUCAAGAAGAGAUGAAGGCAAGCGCUGUGAACUCGGUUUGGUGGUAGUGCAGUUCAGGGUGGCACUUCUGUGGGAGGAAUUUUCAGUGGUCCACGGGAAUCACUAAGCUUCCUCGCGAUCAGCGUCAAGCAGGAGCAGUGUACUCAUAAAACAGAAGAUAUCGUUUUGAUGAAUUCUGGACCGCUGUCAAGAGGCCAGCAGAUUCCGUGAGUGUAUGUUUCUGAGCACGGUAGGCAUAUUGUACAAUCCAACCCGACCGAGUGAAGUGAGUUUUCUUUCGGAAUCGUAGGUAGCAUGUCAGUGAGAGUGUCACAACAACAGUGCGAUAAAUUAAUUGCUGUCUGGUACAAAAACUAAACGGCAAAGAAGUAGAAAUGUUCCCAUCCAGCAGGUGUCAAAUACUGUUAUCUUGGUGGUAGAUUUACAUACAACUGGCUUUCCUCCGGCACCUGAUUAAAUCUAAAGAAAGUGGCAAUCAGGAAGAAUCCUUAAAUGCAAAGUGUGUGAAAUAUCGUAUCCUGUCAUUUAUACGCGUGAGAGAAUAUUCCAAAUGGAGAGCGAAACAAGUGUGUGUAAAAUAGUACUAUAAAUGCCAUUUCCCUAUAUACCUAGUAGUAAUAGCAACUAAAUGUUCGUUCGUAAUUUAUGGUAUCCCUAACCGAGUAAGAAUUGUAGUAAAAAUUAUAUUAUUCAAUAAAACUCAACCGUGAAGAAAAGUGUAAAGAAAAAGUGUAAAACGGCGAACCUCCGACUAAAUACUACGACAACAAGGUGUUUUUGGUUGUAAAGUAAUAUUCACAAGCAGCAAAUACCCAACAUAAUAAAAAUACAUAAAUAAAGUGUUCAACCCCUGUGGUGAGCUGCCAAUGUGUAUGUGUCGAGCUCAAAAAGUGGAAAACACCGUUCUUCUCCCGCAUCCAUCCUCUAAAAGUUCCGUGUGUGUUAUCGUUCGAAUGAAAAUCGAAAGUGCUCCGUGUCGCAGAAAGCCAACCAAAUCUGCUGUAGUGUAGUGCUGAAGGAAUUUAUGAUAAUUACUUUGAUAAAAACAGCGAAAAAACAUCGAAAGACUAUAAAUAUACACUCGUGCUAAGUAAUCUGUCUCGAGGAGAUAGCAUUACGAGAGGAAGAAAAGUGAACUGCUUCUGGUUGAGGCUGCUAAAAUGUUGCUGAUAAUUCCGAUGACCUAGGUAAAAAAGAGAAAACAUGGUGCAAUUUGCAGUUAGCCAAAACGAAGCAACGGACAAGUGCUACAUGACAAUUUAAAAUAAACUUUGCUCAAUCUCCAGCGAAAUAGCCCCUCUUAAUCCCUCGUCUAUCGUAGUAAAUCGUUACCGUUACUGUUAAUGCACCAGUGUUUAGAAGAAAAUUUCUGGUUUCAUUUCCACCUGUGAGCAGCUCAUAAUGAUUUGCGUUGUUGCGUGACCUUUGGAAUGAACUCAUUGUUAGUAACCUAUUCAUAAUACUCCAAACUGUUGUAUUUCAAAGUUAAAUUCUAACUCCCCCUCGUACUUUCUAGUCCAGUUGAUUGUUGUUACUGUUUUUCGAAACAGCCACGAAACUUUGCCAAUCUAAACUCUUAAAAAGUUUCCAUUAAAUACAAGCUCAAAUAUUGAAGAAAGGAGAACGCAUGCGAACAAAAUCUCAUUCCAGCAGUGCGAUGAAAGUUGAAAAGUGAAAUUACGUGAAAACAGUCAUACAUGUGAACCAGUGCCAGUGCAAACAGUUUGUAAUCACGCCAGAGGGAGCGGGAAAAGUUGCUAACCCAAUUUGAGGAAGGCGAAGAAAGCCAUAAAGAAGUGAACAAACUUGUGCGGGAGUGUCAACUCAGUUAACAGCUGAAAAAAAGCGCAAACCGGACAACGAACUUCCAAAACGUUCUCCAUUCCAGAGGAAACAAAAAGAGCACAUAUUGUACAAAUUCCCGAUCAGAAGCGAGCCAACUGAUUCGGCCAUUAUUGCCUGGAACAAUUAAAUGACUUGACGUAGAGCUAGCCGCCCCCUGUACCUCAAGCUCCGAAAGCCCGUGUCCACGCUGUCGAUUCCCGGAUCGAUGAAAACACCGUGCGCCGGUAAUCGGGAAACAGUAUCGGCUGCAUGCACAGAAGAAGCCGGUAUCGCGCUCGUGGGCGUUCACUCAGAGUAUCCCAGGUACAUGGAGGAGCGAGGCCUGGGUGGCGGCGUCUGUAAAGGUCCCGGCUCGGUGCAAGGUGGUCCAGGUACAAAGCACAAACCGAAUGUAGGAUACCGCCUCGGACGACGGAAAGCGCUGUUCGAGAAGCGAAAACGAAUCAGUGAUUACGCCCUCGUCAUGGGUAUGUUCGGAAUUAUUGUGAUGGUUAUAGAAAACGAAUUAAGUAGCGCUGGUGUAUAUACUAAGGCAUCUUUUUAUUCAACUGCUUUAAAAACGUUAAUAUCCGUAUCGACUGUGAUUUUACUCGGGCUGAUUGUAGCCUACCACGCCUUGGAAGUUCAGCUUUUUAUGAUAGAUAAUUGUGCGGAUGACUGGCGAAUAGCGAUGACCUGGCAGCGAAUGAGCCAAAUAUCUUUAGAAUUACUCAUCUGUGCGGUGCAUCCCAUUCCAGGUCAAUAUUAUUUUCUAUGGACAACCAAACUAGCGAAUAAGAAUAAAGCGAUGGGGUCGGAAUACGUCCCCUACGACGUUGCGUUAUCUUUGCCAAUGUUCCUUCGUUUGUACCUGAUAUGUCGUGUGAUGCUGUUACAUUCGAAACUUUUUACCGAUGCCUCAUCACGUAGUAUAGGUGCACUGAAUCGUAUCAAUUUCAACACACGAUUUGUGCUGAAAACACUAAUGACAAUAUGCCCGGGAACGGUCCUUCUAGUAUUCAUGGUUUCAUUAUGGAUAAUAGCAUCAUGGACGCUUCGGCAGUGCGAGAGGUUUCAUGAUGAAGAACAUGCCAAUCUCUUGAACGCCAUGUGGUUAAUCGCAAUAACCUUUCUGAGCGUUGGCUUCGGUGAUAUCGUACCAAACACGUACUGCGGCCGAGGCAUUGCAGUCAGUACGGGUAUUAUGGGUGCUGGCUGUACGGCACUACUGGUGGCAGUCGUAUCGCGAAAGUUGGAGUUAACACGAGCGGAAAAACAUGUGCACAACUUCAUGAUGGAUACUCAGCUCACGAAGAGGCUGAAAAAUGCAGCGGCCAACGUGCUACGGGAAACCUGGUUAAUAUACAAACACACGCGGCUAGUGAAGCGCGUAAAUCCUGGCCGAGUGCGGACACAUCAGCGGAAGUUCCUGUUAGCUAUCUACGCACUACGAAAAGUGAAAAUGGACCAACGAAAAUUGAUGGACAACGCUAACACGAUAACCGACAUGGCAAAGACUCAAAACACCGUUUACGAAAUCGUUUCCGACAUGUCAUCAAGGCAGGAUUCACUGGAAGAGCGCAUCACUACCUUAGAAGAUAAGUUACAAUCCAUACAGACGCAAAUCGAAAAUCUUCCGGAAGUUUUGACCCGUUGCCUAACACAGCAUCAAGAGCGCAUAGAUCAACGAAGAAACUUUCUCCAUCCUGAUGCGGCAGUAACGGGGUCAUCUUCCGGUUUACCAACUCCGGCUCCUCCACUUGGUUCACCAAUGAUGCUGCCGCACUCCAGUUUCUCUUUUAGGAGUGUCCCAUCGUCAUCGACACCGGCCUAUCCCUGGCCCGCAAGUCCUAUACUCCCGCCAAUCUCCAGUAGAACGCCACACCUGGUCCCGGAAACGCUCACUCCCGCACCGGUGACGACGGCAGCAUCGACCCUAUCAAAUUCGAUCACCUACCCAAGUGGUUAUCAUUCUGCCUUGCAAUCUGCCAGCAACCAGUCGUCUACGACCGGGGACACGCAAACGGUUACCUAUAGGGGAACCAGCUGAAUCGAAACCAAUAGCUCAAACUCUAUCUCCCUUAUUUCAUUCUCCAACUCCAACAACUCCAACCCGAACACCCCCACCCCGUCAUCUAGUAAUAGUAAAUUCACCAAACAGCGGGAACGAGCGACGCGAUUCUAGUUUUUAGCGGUACCCUUCCGAACCACACACUGAAUUGUCACCAACUGGCUUAGAAGAGUAGAAUGAACUGGCACAUGUUGUACGUUAGGUACAACAAGCAAGACUUAGGGCGGCCGGGAACCAAAAGUGCAUCGAUACUACUUACUACAAAGGCAGAAAACUAACGAAAACGUUAUGGAUGGUGUGGUGACGAUAAUAAUAACAAUGAUGAUGAUGAUGAUCAUGAUAACGUAGAUAAUUAUAUGGAAGAUGAUUGCAGUGACACUGAGUGUGAAAUGAAUGGACGUUUGGUGUGCGCAACGGAGGAAAUGGUUUAAAAAAGACUAUUUAGCGAUUAGCAAGUAAUUAAAGAGUAACGAUGAUAAAAUUCAAUAACAACUAACAAGCCACACGGAACGGGGGAAAAUUGGCUGUAAAUUUAAUAUGCAAUCCAUCACUAGAAGGGGUUUAAUCCAUCGUAAGGGAUGUAGUUUCCGUUAUAAGUAGUGGAUGAGUAUGACGAAACAAGAUUUGAAAAAUAGUUCAUUAGUUUCAACCUAUUAGCACUUAGUUUAGUACUGAUGAAUUUAAAUUGUUACCUUUAGAAUAUUAGUGACAUUCUCCGAAGUUUUGUAGGAAAUUCUAUCUCUUUGUUUAAGUAUGGGCUUUAAGUGACAUAAAGAGAAAUAUUUUUAUAAAAAAAGCUACGAAAAACUUUCAAAAAGUUGACAAAAGACAUAGUAAUUAUAACACGGAACUAAGCAAAUAUAUUACCUAUUAGUUUUAUCAGAACACUCCAGAUAGCAGCAAAAAGAUUCAGAUUGUAAAAUUGGGUCACAUCAAUCGCGAACUAUCCAUUUCCUCAAGGACUUUGUUCGUAUCAUGAUCCUCAUAGGUGAGAAAAAUGUCUUAAGACUGACAAGCCAUCAUGUAUGUUUUGAUUUCAACACAAUAAUGUCCGAAGGAAGCGAUUGAGAAUCGUCAACAAAUUUGCUGUUAUCUGCUCGGUCCCUUUCAAAUACUUUCACCUUUCCAUACUUCUUGCGUAGUUCAAACUAUCGACUUUCGAAAGACCCUGCACACAAUCGCUACAGUGACAAAUAUACAAUUUCAAAGUGACUGAAAUCUUCCUUGUUUGAGGAGUGGGAGAAACAAUAUUGCGAACAUUAGCGAAUGAAUAUGAUUGACGAUCCGUUCAGAAGACAGCAUUUCUACAAACUUUUACGAUUCGGAAUGUAGUGACCAUACAGAUAGUUUAAUCCAAACAUACACCACAUGUAAUGUGAUAUUUAGUAAUACAGUUUUAAUAUGAACACGAAGAAUUUUGUAAAAAUAAUAGACAACAUACUUUCAAAAGUAUAAGUGAACUCCUCUUCAAAAGGAUCAUAUCUAAGCAAAACAUUGUCUUCAACAUUACUUCACGUAUAAAUCAAAUGUUAUGACUUCAAUGAUGUUAAUUUUCUGAACGUUGAAAAACCGUUUAUAGUAUAUUACAAUCUGUAUAACUUCUCUGAUUUAAGUGCCUUGUAAAAUCCACUACAGUCUCUACUUCAUACAGAUACACGAAAACUAAACACAUUAUAAAAAAAAACUUUCAAAUCCCACCUAUAGGCAACUAUGCCUCGCUUUCUUCAAUAUGAAACAAACAAGUUUGGCUUUCUUCAUUCCACUCUUCCAGCUACUCCUCUGUCUAGUCCCAUUAACAAAAACUGCGAGUGUUACUCCAAUAGGAUCUUACGAUAUAUAGCAGGCUGUGCAAGCUGAGUAGGCUUAGAGUCCAUUACGACCGGCAACGUUCCAAAGGACGAAUUCGAAGCUAAAUCCGCGUAGAAAAAAGCGGACCAAAAUAGAUUUCAGUUGCUGAAACGUUACACUCUCCUGAAAGAAAAGUAGUAUUCAGAGUUUUAGAUAAACGAUAAAACAUAAGGUUAACAAUUUCCGAGGUAAACUUGAGAAACUUAGCAUUAGUCUAGUGAUCAACUAUGAUAGUGUAUUCAAACUAGAUUGUUAUGCUGAUCAUCUCCUGUCGUAAGAUGGACAACGGCGUGAAAACGAGAAGAUAAGAAAAAGAUAACAAACUGUAUUUUAGUUCUCAGUAACGAAUGUAGCACAACCUUGACACAAGUUUUAUUAUAUUUUUAUUACCUCAACGGAUUUUAUAGGAGGAUAAACCAACUGCAAGGUAAACCUGUAUAGCAAAGAAAACGCCGGUUUCCAAAUCCUACUCACAGUAUGACUAAAACGAACCGAUGAACUGCAGCCCAUUGCAAGUCUAAUGAAACUAGAAAAAAAACGAAACCAUUAUGUAAAAAGAUUAACAGUUUUAUAGAAAAGAUAAUCAUCAUUUCUAUAAAUAAGAGAAGAAUCGAACAAAAGUCUUGGUAAAAUUGCUUUAAAUAACGUAACUGAGGAAACUAAUCCCAUGUAUCUGAGCGAUGGUUCAACUGUUUGUCGUUACACACUUCAACAACACCUGGUGCCACAUUAUGUGAGCCGAUUGCACCACCUUCAUUUUUAUACAUCAAGCAGUCCACACAGACUUCCAUUAAAAAUCCCUGAAAAUCCAAUGCGAGUUAAUCAAAGUUUUACGAUGACUAGAUGAAGCAACGAUGUCUUCACAUAAUCACUUCUUCUUUACCGAUUUGAACUUCAUCUAAUUAGCGCUACCUAUACUGCCUUUCGCAGAGUUUGCGUUUGAAGUAGGCAUUUGCUUCAGUAGGAUCGUAACAAGUCAAAAAAGAAAAAAAGGCGUUUAAAGAGAGAGAGAAGGAAUAGUAAUUUCCAUUUAAUUCCCCUACCUUAUUUGCAUAUCCUUGACAGAUACGCGUAUUUCGUCUACAAUGUGCAGACAUCUUCAGUGUCUUGUACUAAUAGUACUAUUAGUACAAGACACUGAACUAUCGACUAUUAGUAUUCCACUAUAAGACGCCGACAUUCAUCAGGAUUAAAAAAAUGUGUAAUUCAAAUUUAAACUCAUUGACAUUUCCGACUGAAUAUGGUUUUGGCCAGACCACUUUAGAGUAUUCCAUUUUGAGAAUUAGACAGUACCUACUCCUUUUUAACAUUGAUGAGCCUUUAUUUUGGAAACAUGGACACACUUUUCGUUUUCUCAAUGAUUUAUAGGAAAACUCUUGUGUAGCUUCAUAAAUGCUCUAAAGUCUCCAAUUCAUGUAUCUCGAAUUCUCAAAAAUUAAUGUAUCUAAAAGGUGAAAAAACACGAAUUUGGGCAAAUUGGAGGUACAACAACAAUCUUUACAAGAUUAGAAUAUGUUUACGAUCGAUUAGAAGCUCGGUCAAGAAAUGACGAAAUGGGUGCUUGGGACCGUAAAAGAUAAUUAACUAUUGAUUUUAUCGUGCAAAGAUGUCCAAAAUCCAUAGAUUGAAUGGAUGACCGGGUUGAAUUUCUAUUGAAGAUAUUUUGGGACAUUUGACAUAAAGUGCGGUCGGUUGUGCAAUGCUACGACAGCAGCUUUAUUGUUAAAUGGUUCUCUUUCGUGCAGUUUAAAAAAAAACUAUAUGCCAGAUGGAUGGCGAAAAAAAAAAUUUAUCUUGCACACCCACGUCGAGUGGUGCACAAUUUCGAGUAAGCCAAAAUAUUGUUUUGAGGUUAUCGAAACCCGUGCAAAAUGUUUUGGCACUUGUUUAAAAGGCUUUGUAGAGCCAGACUUUUCAAAAAAAAAAUCACAAAAAAUGGUGGUGUUUUCAAAGACUUAUAGGCAAAAUUUUGUUUCGGAAUGAUAAAUUAUAACAUUUGUACCAACUUUGGGGGCAUAUAACAAGGAAAAUCAAUAGUGAUUUUAUUUCAGAGCAUGAUUGCAUUUCUCUUGAAGAUGCUCAUACUUUUGAUAUGUCAUCAGGAAACUGGAACUACCUAUAGUGGGACAAAAGUUCGAGUCGUUGGGACACCCAUGUAAUCACUCACAAAUGCCUAAACGGAGCUGUUUCAUGUCGCCGAAGGACGUUUCGCCGAAGAACAUUUCGCCAAAUGGGUCAUUUUGUCGCUCAUGAAGGAAGCAUUCCUAUAAAUCAAAAAUAUCUAUUAUUUUCGUGGAUAGUGUUGCAAAAGGGGAGCGGGACAUUUCGCCGGAAGACGUUUUGCCGCAGGUCAUUUCGCCGAAUGGGUCAUUUCGCCGAAGAGCAAGCCAUUUUCUACGGCUUUUGAACUUUUCUCACAGCUCAGUAAAUUUUGAAAUCGAAAAAAGAUUAAAAAGGUUCGAUUUUUUCAACCUGGUAAGCUAUUCAAAUGUAAUGCUUCCUUUUUUGAACAGUUCUUUUGAGUUGUACUGACUUCAGAAACUUUCAAAUAAUAGAUAUUUUGUAUAUAUUGGAAUACUUGCUUCUAUUAAACAUGAGCAGUUCUUUCAAGUUGUGCUGAUUUCUGAAAUUUCAUUAUUUUCAAUAUUUUUGAUUUAUAUGAAUGCUUCUUUUUUAACAUGAGCAGAUCAUUCGAGUUGUAAUGAUUUCGUUAUUUUCUAAAUAAUCAAUAUUUAAAGGAAUGCUUCUUUCUUUUAAACAUGAGCAGUUCUUUUGAGUUGUACUGAUUUCAGAAAAUUUUAAAAGAUCAAUAUUUUUGAUUUACCUACAUGCUUCCUUCUUUCAAACAUGCGCAGUUCUUUCGAGAUGCUAUACAUGGGAAUAUCUAUUAUUUAAAUGUGAUCCAAAUUCAUUUCGAUGGUAUAUUGACUUCUUCUUCUUCUUCGUAUUUCAAGCUUAUUGCAGAUCGCAUAUUAGCUUAUUGUGUGCUCUCAACUUCGUGUUCUAGAUGCACUUCCACAGUUAUUAAUUGAGAGCUUUCGAUGCCUGUACCAUUUUUGCAUUAGUCCAAUCAUACUUCUAUGCCCAGGGAAGUCGAGAAAUUUUCCAACCCGAAAAAUUCCUAGACCGGACCGGGAAUUGAACCCAGCCACUUCCAGCAUGGUCUUGCUUUGUAGCUGCGCCUUUACCGACUAAGCUAAGGGAGGCCCCAAUUUGUUUAUUGAGUCAUGAUUAAAAUUCGGUGAAGUGACCCAUUCGGCGAAAUGUCCUUCGGUGAGAUAUUCUUCGGCGAGUUUUUUUUACAGUUUUCCUGUAAUUUAUUACAGAUAUAUCAGUCAAAAAUUACAGGGAAACUGUGAAAAAUCACCGAACUGUUUACCGAACGUUCACCUGUUGAGAUUUCGGCAAAAUUUCACAUAAAUCUGUGAAAUAAUCUUACUGUGCAGCAAACAGCAAACAACUUUGUCGAAGAUAGCUAGUACGUAUUUUUUUUUUACUUUUGAAGAUAUUUGACGUUUUUAGCUGACAGCCUUUAGCGGAGUAUUCCAAGCGUAAUUGGUGAAAUUAUCCAAAACUUAUCUUGCGACGCAUCAUACUGCCUGAAAGCUCAAUUAGCAAGAAAACAUUGGCCUUACAAGCACCGAUAAGGUGACCAGAAUCUGGUGUAAUCUAAAGUCAACAUCAUUAUUCAUAUUCAUGAUUAUUUGUGCUGGGCUUGUUCCGAGUGCUCCCUGUCCAAAAUCUGCAUGUGUCAAAAUGUAUCGCAUGAAAAUUCAAAAACAGACCCACAUAUCAUUCAGAAUUUAGCUUAAUUCUCUUCCCUAAAUGCGGACUAUCAAUUUCGUCGGAAUAUAUGAGUCAUAAGGGUCAAAUCUAACCGUAGGUAGAUCAAUUUAGGUUUUCCUCUUCCGGUUGCCUAUCGAGAUUCCAUUUGAGACAGAAAUUCAUCCGGAGUAAUUCCACCUUACAGAGAUAACAUUAUUAUUAUUACAUUAUUCCCAGCAUAGAAUAUAUUCCCCUUCCGAUUAAGGUAGGAGGGAAGCUCAAGUAUAUACCUCGCACACCUGUGUACGUAUUGAGGCCUAACUCUACUGGGAAUGUCUCCCGGAAGAUACGUUUCAUUUUUCUUGUUUCCCCAGCAUUUCAACUAGCACCUCCGGUGGUAAGUCUUACACUCGUACGUAUUACAAGCGACAUCCGUACCUCUAUUCAGUGCUGAGUGUCAGUGAAAAAAAUCACGUGAUAUCGACCAAAUUAUUUUUGACAUCGUCACUAGCCGAAUUGAUUCUCAAUAAAACCAUCGUCUUAUUCAUUUUUAAUCAAUGGCAAAGAUUCAUUUGCUAACAAAAAGAGUAAUUUCAAGCAUUUUGUGUCACAUUAUUGAUAGUCAGGCAGCUAAUUUAGCUAAUAACAAAAACUGCACAUGUUCGUCACUGACAUGGUUUCCCAUGAAGAUUACUUUUUGUUCGAAUGAGCGACCAAAGAUUUUUGUCAUUAUAGUCGUGUCUGGUCGAGAUUUUUCAACACUGCCUUCAUUUCUUUUCUACGAGCUAAUGGACAACCAAUUGCUCGCUGUUAUGCAUCAUGGCAUAAUUCAUAUUUGUUUCAGAUUAGAAUUUGAUGAAGAUCGCCUUCUCCUCAGCAAUCCGAUAAGUGGCGUCCAUGUCAACAGGAUUAGCAUUCAGUGAUUUCACGACCAUCUCGCACAUGGUGGGCUUUGCACUUCCAUUUGGAUAGGUAAAACACAAGGUGUAUUUUAUUUCGGCCAGAUCGAAAUGUUUACUUCCAACGACGACAAAAUCACUGAGCAGCAAACAAUGAACAAAGCGCAUCAAACAAAGUAAGCAACUGUCGGUAGUAUGCUUGACUCGAAAACAAGCGCUGCUGCUUCGGAAGCUGAGAGCAAACUGAUGGAUUCUUCAUGUCUUACACAUUAUCAUGGAACCUUUAAAGAAUUCAAGUAGCAAAGCUUCUCAAAAACUAAAUCGUUAAAGUUCGUUUUUAACAUUCUUCUGGUAAAUCGUUCUAGCUACGAAUUAACUACAAAUUCAUCAAGUCAUUGUGAGAGAAAAUCGUAAACCUUGAAUCAAUUGUGUAUGGAAUUAUUUUAAUUUUAAAUGUUUGGAGUUUUGAGCUAAGGUCAAACCUUAACACGCCUUACUCUACACUCGAAAAUUUCGGUUUAUCUCCUUCACCUUUCACUGUCAUUCUUAGAAAUCAGCGUCAAAGUGCAAUAAUGGCGACAGUGGCAAAGUGGAGAUCAUUUUUGUCUACAGACCGAGAAACACAAGCUGGUAACACAUUUCUUAAUUUGCUAUUUUCUGUCAAUGAGUUUUCCUUACUAUCAUAUAUCACACUUCUGUAGAUGCUGCAGCAUUGCUCUUUACAGUGCAAUUAAUCCUUAGCAUAUCAUUCGGAUCCGUGCUUUUUCACAUCUCAGCGACUGUAGUCGCUACUAUAGUAAUGUCUCUUUUUUUUAUGUUCGUUUUCAUAUACUUAGGUUCUCAGUGGCAUUGUUUGGAACCUAGAAAUAUUUGACCAACUAUAGAUUUCUGUAGCAUGUUUAUUCCAUAAUCUACACUAUUACACUAUUCAUAUCAUGUCGAUCCAACUGUUCGAUACAGGAUACCUUCUCUAAUCGAAUCGUCGCUGUUGCCUGCCCCGGGGAAACUCAGUUGUUCCAUCACUCAGAGCAUCCGGAAGGAAAAACUAGGUCGUUCCUGAAAUAAAAGAUGAGAUAUUGAUUAGUUUAAGUUAUAUGUAGACAAUUUAAGGGUACGUAAGAGGAUUUUUAAUAAUGUAAAAUGCACAAAAUAAAGAACAGACGUAAUUCUACCUGGUAUUCCCAAAAGUGUUAACAACAUGAUGUCAUUCUUCAGUCACGAUGGUUCGAAACGAAAAUAUUCAAACAACAAAAUAAAAUAUCCACCCACAAGUAUACCAACGAUGCGAGACCUCCUCCCUCUUCAAAGGCAUAUUAUACAAGCAAGUCCAGCAAUUAUGCACUGAGAGAAUGUUUAAAAUCGAAAUCCAGAUUAUAUGAAACACAUUUACUGUGGAAGAUAUUCAAACUUCACUUGCUUCAGUUAUGGUUUCAGAGAAGUUUGAAUGUUAAGUCUCGAGCAUUAACAAAAUACAGCAUUUAAAGUGAGCAAGACACGUCUCAUCUGACAUACAUUCAUCGAAAUUGGCUUAAAACAGUACACUAGGGUGAGUAAUUCGUAUCACGGAAACAGACAUAACAGGAAGCCAGAGUAAAGGAUUGUAUCGAAUGGUGAAGUAAAAUUUUAUUUGACCAGGGAAAGGAGUAUAGCAGCAAUGCUAAUAUUUCCUCAAGCAUUUUAUUUUACAAUAAAUUCCGGUUUUAAGGAACUAUCGUUUAAAUAUCUACAUGUAAAUCCAUAAUCAAGUAUAGUGUAGUCAUUUCUCGUGCCAUUAAGUUUCUCAACAAAUUCGAUAAAAGUAGCCUUAAACCUUUGAACUAGAAACUAAAUAUAAUGGAAACAAAUUAUUCUGAGCGAUAUAUUGAGACGAAAGUUAAACUUUCAACAGUAUGUUAAACAUUUCUCAAAUUUUAAAAAAACGCAUAUACACAAUUUUAACUUAUUUAUAUAUGGAACAAGUUGAAUUGGAUAUAAAAUAAACAAUUUCUGAUGUGGCUGAUAUUUUUUACCAAAGAAAACUUUAUCGUUACACCUACACUGAAUAGAGAGAUGACUCGCAGAUAUCAGUUCGGUCGUUUGUUAUACAAAAUUAACCAUACGGAGAAGAAGAACUCGUUUAAAAUUUCGAUAACAACAUGAUUCUAAAAUCAACGAGAAGAUUAAAAAUCACGAAAUAGUUUUUAAAAACAAAUGCUCCGUUUAGCUGUUUUUAUAAACCUCCAAACUAGAAAUAUAGACAAGCCCCUUUUCCCCCUAAACAUCUAUUCCAUUUAUUUAGAAAUAACUUGCAAAAACCCUCUAAAUAUAAACAAAUCAUACUCUCAAAACAGUUCAAUCCAUUAUUGUAAACAAAGAGAAUCUCUUCUUAAGAUAAGAAAUAUCUCAUAAUCGAAAAAAGUGAAACGUGGCUGAACCACACAAUGCUACAACAAACUAAAAAAAGGAGCGUUUUCAUCACAAUAAAUGGAAGGAAAUCAGCAAAUGACCAAUUUCUUACGAAUGUUACGAAAAGAUACAACCAGAAUUUUAUACCAAAAUAUAUAGAAGUUUAUAGGUUCCGUAUGACAUUACAAAACUGUGAAAUAUAUUGUUUAAGUUACUUUGAAAUUCAUUUUCGAAUAUAAGUUACGAAUAAAGAGUUAAAAUUUUAUCAAAUUGAAAAAAAAAAUCACAGCGAGCAGAGGUAAACAGACAAAUUACACAAAAUUACAGCAAAACAAUUAGAGGUUUCAUCCGGUUAUUUCACCACUGGUCGUAUUUUUAUUUAAAACUCAAAUCUAAAAAGCCUUGCACAUUCAAUUGGUAAAUGUCCAAACCAGAAGCUUGUGAGAUCCCGAAUUCGAAGCAAUACAGAUCCAAUUGACAAAACUUACCUUAUCUAUCAAUCCCACUCACUGUAAACCAUAAGUGGAUGGUUGUGGCUUUAUAGAUUUGAUUUGAAAAUAAAAUUACUAACAAAGCGAAAUUACCGGAUGAAACCGCUAGAAACAAUAAAGACAGAAUGAAAUAAUAUAGCAUAUAGAAAUAAAUCAUUGUAACAGACAAAAUUCGUCACAGCCAACUGUAAAUAUACUCCCACUAGGCAAGAUUAUACAGCGCAGCAUCAGCAAAAUCGUCUGAUGAAAAGAACAAACAACACAUACUUACCCGUAUUAAGUUGUUUUUUUUUAUAAUUAUUAUUAGUUUAUACAAUUUAAUUCAUAUGCAUAAUAGUAGCGUGAAAAGCCUAUUGUAUAUACUGUUAUAUAGUUUUAAAUAAAAAAAAUAUUGAAAA